ACUUUUCACUGUUUCGUCUCCCUUUUAUCUCGUUGUGGCUUGAGUUCGAAUCCACGCAAGAGACCGAAUCAAUCUCCAAGAAAUAUCUCUUCUUUUUUCUCUGUGAUUCUUAACCAUCGCUUGAGUUUUGGAUUUCCUUUCUCACUUUUUUUCUUUAUUGCGGAGUUUUCAGGAUUUCUAGGGCUUUGUUUUGAUUCUCCCUGUUUUAUUUAUAAUCUCUGAGCUCUUGUUUAUGUUCCCUGAUAUAAUGCCAGAUUGAAGAAAUUCGAAAUCGACCCACUUCGGAAUUUCGUAAAAAAAUCGGUUUUUUCCUCGAGCUUGUUUCUCCGCUCGUUUAAAAAGAUCGAGACUUUUGUCACCGUUCUCUGUUGUUGAUUGCAUUUCGCGAUGUGCAUUUCGAGUAGAGAAGACGGCGGCGACGAAGAUCCCGAUGGUCCAUCGAGAAACCGAAGGAAUCAAUCGCCAUUAUCGCUUCCGCAGACUCUGAAACAUUUCCACAGGGAUUUGCUCGCCGGCGCGGUAAUGGGAGGCGUCGUUCACACGAUCGUGGCUCCAAUCGAGAGAGCGAAGCUUCUAUUGCAGACCCAGGAGAGCAACAUCGCGAUCGUCGGAGACGAAGGCCGCGCAGGGAGGAGAAGGUUUAAAGGGAUGCUCGAUUUCAUCUUCCGCACGGUCAGGGAAGAAGGGGUUUUGUCCCUGUGGAGAGGCAACGGAAGCAGCGUCCUUCGUUAUUACCCUUCCGUCGCUCUCAACUUCUCUCUCAAGGAUCUGUACAGAAGCAUCCUUCGUAACAGCAGCUCUCAGGAGAACCAUAUCUUCUCUGGCGCAUUAGCUAACUUCAUGGCUGGUUCUGCAGCUGGAUGCACGGCUCUGAUUGUAGUUUAUCCGCUCGAUAUCGCACACACGCGUUUAGCUGCCGACAUCGGGAAGCCUGAAGCUCGUCAGUUCAGAGGAAUCCACCAUUUCUUGUCGACGAUUCACAAGAAAGAUGGGGUUAGAGGAAUCUACAGAGGCCUGCCUGCGUCUCUACACGGUGUGAUCAUUCACCGUGGGUUAUACUUUGGAGGUUUCGAUACUGUGAAGGAGAUUUUCUCAGAGGAUACGAAACCGGAACUGGCAUUGUGGAAGAGAUGGGUUUUGGCUCAGGCCGUGACUACUUCUGCUGGGUUGGCUUCGUACCCGUUGGAUACGGUUCGUAGGCGGAUCAUGAUGCAGUCUGGGAUGGAGCAUCCGAUGUACCGUAGCACACUGGAUUGUUGGAGGAAGAUAUAUAGGAGUGAAGGGUUUGCUUCUUUUUACCGUGGAGCACUCUCGAACAUGUUUAGGAGCACUGGUUCGGCUGCGAUCUUGGUUUUUUAUGACGAAGUGAAGAAGUUCUUGAAUUGGGGAGGGAUCUAGAGAAGAACAAGCUGAGAGGUAACCCUGUGAAUCCCACAUUAGAGUCAGGAGAGGAAAUGAUAAACUUCGUUUUGAUACAACAGAGUUAACAAGCAGACAUAUGUAGAGAGAAAGGUUUAGGUUAUGAUAUUGGUUUUUUUUUUUUUUUUCCAUAUUAUUCGGUUUUGAGGAUUUGGCUCGAACACUAUGCAUAUUGAUUCUUUUCUUCUUGUUAUAGACUUUGUGUGUAUGAGGGAAAAAGAAAAGAAGGAAUCGAUUUCGUAAAUAAAAGACAUGGAUUUGGUCCGAGUCCAAGUAUUGCAUUUUUUCUGUUAAACUUUAAUCAUCAAUCUGAGUUUUCGUUAUUGAUAAGAUACCAAAGGUUGAAAGAGAUAGUCCAAGAGCUUUUGCUCUACUCUGGUUUUCUUAGAUACAAGAAAGUAGUCAAUUUAAGCUUGUCCAAGAUAAAGUGCAAAAGUUUCACCAAACAAUACCUUUACUGUGGAAUUUAUACUCGCAUUGCUGCAAGCUUUCCUCUGUUCUUGCCAGUCAGAAAGUAUCAAGACAACUCCCACAUAAGAUUUGUCCUCUGUUAUGGACCUGAACCUAUAUGAUGAUCUGCUGUUAAGUUAUCCGCUGCAACUUUGUUGCAAGAGAUGAACAUGCCUUCAACAAGUGCUGCUCCCAAAAGUUCCAGAAGGAUUCAUCCGCCAAUGAUGUCUCGGUGACCAAUUUAAGUACUUAGCCAAUCUCCCAUUUGAAUAUGUUUCAAAGGGUUAAUUAGGCUAGCAAUGGAUAGGACAAGUGGGUUGUCAGAUGACUUGAUCUUGAAGAUACUGUCUUUCGUUCCAUCGAAAGUUGCAGUGGCUACAAGCCUUUUGUCAAAACGUUGGCGUUCACUUUGGAAACAUGUGCCAAAGCUUUGUUAUUUUGAUCCAUCUAUUGAUAGUGAGUUUUGGAGAGCUUCACGUUUUGUUGAAAAGUUUUUGUUACUACACAACAAGGCCCCUGUCCUAGACACUCUGCAACUCAAAGUGAGUCGAUUUUGUCCUCCCACAGAUAUCGAAACAUGGGUAAGUAUUGCAGUUUCUCGUGGUGUGCGCAAUCUUGUGUUUUAUCAACACAGGCCCUGUAACACCGCCCUAAGCUUGCCUAGGAGCCUGUUUACAUGUGAAACGCUUGUGACUUUAAAACUACAUCAAGCGAACGUUGUGGACGUUCCUUUGACAAUUUGUUUCCGGUCACUCAAGAGAUUGUACCUGACAUCUGUGGGUUUCUCAAGCGAUAAAAUCUUCGUUAGGCUUCUGACCGGUUGCCCUGUUCUUGAAGGACUGGUAAUGGCUCAAUGCAGCUAUGUCACCAUGACAACUUUCACAAUCGCGGUUCCUUCAUUGAAGAAUUUAUUAGUCGUGAACUUGAAUUCUCUCUCAAAAGUUCCAGGAGAUGAUUUUGGGCUUGUGAUCGAAGCUCCUUCUUUAAAGUCGUUAGUGAUUGUUAGCCGGUUAUAUUGGGUUUGUUCAUUGGUGAAAAUGCCCAAGCUCGUGUUCGCUAGGAUCAAGAUUCCACAUGGUGAUUCUAGGAAGCUUCUUGGAUGUCUUACCUCAGCCAAAAACCUUUCAUUAUGUGUAAAACAAGCAGUGGAUUCAUAUCCCAUAAGCGUCUUCUGUCAACUCGUGUCUCUAAAGCUCUGUACAUGCUCUUCAGAUUGGUUCCGUCUUAUACUCAAACAUACCCCAAAACUCCGAGUUCUCAGAUUCCAACAUCCAGAAAUACUGCUCCCAAGCCUAGCUAAUAUUCGGAGAUAUUGCAGCAGUUAUGGAGAUGUCCAGAGUCAGUGGGAGCAACCGAGCUCUGUUCCCCAAUGUUUGGUUUCUAGUCUCGAAACUGUUGAGUGGAUUGAUUACGAAGGAACAAAAGCAGAGAAAAAAGUGGUGAUGUAUCUGUUAGAGAACUCUAGACAGCUAAAGACGGUGGUUAUUAGAGCCUUGAACUCAAACACUUUGGAAAAGAGACACAAGAUGCUGCAAGAGCUAUCCUCUACGCAGAGGAGCUCCACCAAAUGUCGGCUUUCAUUCAUCUGAAGUUCCGUCGGAUCUCUCUUGAGGAGAUAGAAAACUCUAUCGGAAGAGCCUCAUUAGUAGUUUAUGUUGUUCUGAUCAUACAAGGUUUAACAAAUAUUCAAGGAUAGCCAAACUCUGUUUUCUGAUACUUUUUAAAUAUUUUAUAUUGAACAAAACUAAUGUUUAGGGUUCUUUUUUCAAUGACUCUUGACAUUAGGUGAGUUCUUGGUUCUGAGCUGCUUUAAGUAUCUUA